GGCGCGGGGCAGGCCGGGAGUGGUAGUCCGGGCGCGGCGAGCAUGGCGGGGCUGGAGCUGCUGUCGGAGCAGGGCUUCCGCCUGGACGGGCGGCGCGCCGGGGAGCUGCGGCAGCUGCGCGCCCGCAUGGGCGUCUUCGCGCAGGCCGACGGCUCGGCCUACCUGGAGCAGGGCAACACCAAGGCGCUGGCCGUCGUCUACGGGCCCCACGAGCUGCGCGGCUCCCGCGGGAAGGCGCCGCACGCCCAGGCGCUGGUGAACUGCCAGUACAGCAUGGCCACCUUCAGCACGGCCGAGCGCAAGCGGCGCCCGCACGGGGACCGCGCCUCGGCCGAGAUGAGCCUCCACCUCAAGCAGACCUUCGAGGCCGCCCUCCUCACGCGCCUCUUCCCGCGCUCGCAGAUCGACAUCUACGUGCAGAUCCUGCAGGCGGACGGCGGCAACUACUGCGCGGCGGUGAACGCGGCCACGCUGGCGCUGCUGGACGCCGGCAUCCCCAUGCGCGACUACGUGUGCGCCUGCUCGGCCGGCUUCCUGGAGGACACCGCCCUGGCCGACCUGAACUACGUGGAGGAGGCGGCCGGCGGGCCCCAGCUGGCCCUGGCCCUGCUGCCCCAGGCCCAGCACAUCGCCCUGCUGGAGCUCAACGCCCGCCUGCACCAGGACCACCUGCCGCGCGUCCUCGACGCCGCCACCCAGGCCUGCCGCCACCUCCACGCCCUGCUCGACCGCGUCGUGCGCGAGCACCUGCGCGACGCCGCCGCCCUGCUGGGCAAGUGAGCCGCGGGGGGGGGGGGGGGGGCUGCCGGGAUUUGCCGCCUU